UGGACAAAAGAGAGCGGCGCAGCCAAUGUUGACAAUCGAAAGUGGUUUUUGCGAAAGAGUGCACAGAAGUAUUUCUCGCUGAGUAUUUCAUUUAUAAUCCUAUUUCUCGCGAGUGAUAACACUUCCCUUCAAUCGUUUUAUGAGUCCGUUCUCCAGCGCACGGGCACAGCUGAGGACUGACAAUGAAGGCGCCGGUACUUCCGAUGCUCCUGGGCAUCUCCAUUUGCGGCAUCAGUGGGGCGCUUAUCUACGCGUAUCUGCGGAAGCGCGAUGCUGCCAAGAAGCCGGCGAGAGGGGCCAGUGACGCACAGACCCUUCCGGAUGGCGUGGGUGCUCCGCCGACAGUGAGCGUCGAGGUGCUGGUGAGGAAUGAUGUGGUGCCACUGAUCGUGGGCCGCGAGGGCGGCAGUUUGAGGGCCAUCGAAGAGAAGACAAAGACACGCAUUUCCUUCCGCGACAAGGACGACUCAAGUCAGAUGUGCACAAUCAGCGGCGAAGCGGCUGCCGUGAAAGAUGCCCAGAAGAUCGUGAAGCAGCUGGCAUCAAGGCCUCUGACCAUCACUGAGGAGGUUGUUGUGCCACAGAGCGCUUGCGGGAAGAUCAUCGGGCGCUGUGGUGAGGCGCUGCAGGAGAUCUGUCGCAAAUCCCAGGCGAAGGUGUCUGUGGAGUCGGGAGAUCGAGGCGAUGGCACGAAGCGGUGCGUCAUGAUCUCCGGGACGCAGGCUCAGGUGAACACGGCGAAGGUGCUGAUUGAGGAGAAGGUGAGAGAGGACGCAGAGGCGAGGCGAGUUCUGGAGAAGCGAGAGCCGCGAUUGAAUCAUCGCAGCGGCGGCAGCAACAGCAGCAAUUCUUCGCAAUCUCCACGCGAAGUGAUGCCGCCGAAGGCUGAGAAGUUGUGCUCAACGAAUCCAGACGGUCAGAUGGAGGUUUAUGUGUCGGCCAUCGCCUCGCCCAGCAAAUUCUGGGUUCAAAUGAUUGGGCCGCAGUGCGCGGAGCUGGAUCACCUGGUGAACACGAUGACGGAGUAUUAUGAUCAGAGCGGGAGUCGCGAGCUGCACAAGAUCAGAGAGCCUUACCUCGGCCAGAUAGUCGCUGCCAUGUUCAAGUGGGACAACAAGUGGUAUCGUGCUGAGGUUGUGGCCAUUCUGCCCAAUGAGUUCAACGACGGCAAAGUUGUCUUGGACAUCUAUUUUGUCGAUUACGGCGACAGUGCGUACGUGGAGACGAACGAGAUCUUCCAGCUGCGCACUGAUUUCCUGACGCUGCGCUUCCAGGCCAUCGAGUGCUUCCUGGCCAACGUGAAGCCCGCGUCGAUCGACAACAGCACCGACUGGAGCCCGCGAUCCACCAGGCGCUUCGAGGAGCUCACGCACGUGGCGCAGUGGCGGAAGCUCUUGUCGCGCGUUGUGAACUACAGAGAGAAGAAUCCCGCGUCAGAGGGAACGGCGAAGCGUGAGGGCUCGCCUCUGCCCGGAGUGGAGUUGUUCGACACGACUGAUGACGGGGAGGAUAUCAAUAUUGGCCAAGAGCUGGUGGCUGAAGGAUUGGCCACCACGAUUGACCGAUUUGGCGACGCUGAACCACAGAAAACAGCCUCGCAAGCGCCUAAAUCUAAGCCGAUCACAACGAAUGGAUUCAGCACUCCCUCUUCAUCGAAGAAGGCUGGAGAUGCUGACGAUACUCUGCGAUUCCUCGCCGCUGAGAGGAUGCAGAGGAAGAAGAUUUCAAAUGGAGUCAGUGAUAAGUCAUAAGGAGCUUCUGUGCUUGUCACGCGAAGUUUUGAUUUAAUUUUGAGCACGUUCUAUUUUGUUAGAGAAGAAAACGCUGCAUUGUUCCAGAUACUUUUAAAAUAAAACUAUAAAUUUACUUUAGAUUAAGAAAUAUGUUUAGUAAGAUACAAUUUAAGGAUUUCGCAAUGAAUUUACUGUUGAUGCAUAUUUUUGCUAUUUGAACAAGAUAUCGUCAUAUUUGUUGUUGCGAAAGCAAUUGAAUGUGUGCCAAAUUAUUUAAACGUUCUUGGGCAUUUUGCGUAAAAAUUUUUAUUUUUAACUUUUGCUGAUGUUAGUUUUAGUGUACAACGUGACGCGAUUGGGUUGGGAGAUGUAAACAUUGUAAAUUUCUGAUAAAACUUUAAUAUCCAGUAAGUGAAUGAUACUUUAAUAAAAAAAAGAAUAUGAGAAAUUAUUACAG